AUAAAUGGUGUGAGUUUGUUUCUUUUUCGCAACCGCAUCUCUUCCCCUUUCGGCCGAGCCCCGAGGGAGCGGACGAUGAAGCGCUGCGGCGCCCGGAUGCUGAUGCUGAUGAUCGGGGGGGCUUUUUUUUGGCUCCUUCACACCAUGAGGCUCAAGCAGAGAAAGACCCCACAGGGGACCCCCGGCCCCGGCCCCGGCGCGGUGGAGCUGCCCGACGGGACCUUCACCUUCCGCUUGGAUCCCGCCGCCUUCCGGGCCGAGUUCCCCCAGCUGCAGAGCUACCGGUGCCGGGAGCUGAUCCCAGGGGACGGGGUUUGCACCGGGCCCCCGGGGCCGCCCCUGCUGCUCCUGGCCGUGAAAUCCCACCCAGCGUCCAGCGCCAGACGGGCCACCGCCCGCCGCACGUGGGCCCGGCCUGGGGUGCUGGGGGGCUACCGGGUCCGAGCCGUCUUCCUCGUGGGGGUGUCCCCCGAGCCCCGGCACAUGGCCCUGCUGCAGGAGGAGAGCCAGGAGUUCGGGGACGUGGUGCUGUGGGAUUUCGCCGAGAGCCACCACAACCUGUCGCUCAAGGAGCGCUGCUUCCUGCACUGGGUGGGGGCGCACUGCGGGCAGGCGGAUUUCAUCUUCAAAGGUGGUGGGGGAGAGCGUGGGAGGUGCCAGGUCUCCUAA